AUGUCCAGGUGUUGGACUUGCAGGCGUCGUCGUCUCAAGUGCGAUGGGGAGGUUCCUAGCUGCCGUAAAUGCCUAGACAAUGGAGUGGCAUGUCUGGGAUAUGUCAAGCCCCUAACUUGGGUCGACGGCGUGUCUGUUCGAGGCCCAAUGAAGAACCGAACCUUUGGCGGACAACAGACACCAGCCGAGGCAAAAUAUACGUCGCCAGAAGUGGAUUCCCGGUCAUUACGACACCAGCAACCUUCUGUUGCAUGCCGUGUUGCGUCUUCCUCAGAUCUUCUAGCACAGUCCGAUGAUGGGUUCGCAUGUUCGGGGACCGAUUCGUCCCGUUCGUCACCCCUGGGAUCACCAGAUGCUUUCUCAUCUUCCCACCUUACAUCAUUGAGGCGUCGGCAUAACUAUUCUAGAAAUCGUUACUCUCCACCACCCAUGAUAGCGCUGACUGAGCCCCUUUUUCAAGACCUUGAUCUUGCUUCGAGAUUCUUCAUUGAUUAUUUUUCACGACGUGUUUGCCCGCUCCUAGUCUGGCGAGAUACUAUUGACAACAAAUAUCGUGGAAUCAUCCCUCUCAUUACAUCGUCCCCCGCUGUAGCAAGCGCAAUCCUCGCGGUUGCAUCUUGUCACUUUACUCAUGGUAUAAUGGGCAUCCCUAUACUUAGUUUACGGUCUGAAACAGCCACUGCUGCAACACUUGGGGGAGAGGUACCUGUGUUGCUAUCCAACCCAGCCGAUGUUCAUCUCUCCAAAUCCACCCUUGUUAAUCACUAUCUACGAUCUAAAACAAACUGUCUUAAGCAUCUUGCAGCCGCGUUGGAAGAUGAGUCCAAAAGCCAGUGUCACUCUACGCUGGUUACUAUUGUGCUCCUUACCAUUCUUGAAGCUUGUGAGAGUGGCGCCGGGUCAUGGACUAUCCAUCUCGAGGGUGCAAAGCGACUGUUGACGGAUAGAGCGAGGACCCAAAGCCAGCCUUGGCAUAUUGAUUCACCAGGCGUAGUUAAUGAUGUAUCUGUAUUUCAAACUUUCGGGUCCUCGAUCACCCGACCAGGGCUAUUAUCGUCGUCCUUCUCCACGCAUAUCAUACAGUCUAUGCGCCAUGAUAACCUCGGUGUAUCACUGGUUGGUUGUCCUAGUAGCAUACAAUCAGCAGUUGAGUUCUUCUCUUCUCAACGACGGCUUGAUACAGGGGAGACGGAACCACCCAUUGAUGUGAUGGGUCUCAGUGAAUCAUUGCGUCAAAUUCGAGGAUUUGAUGUUGAUGCUUGGGCUGCCGCCGUCCGCCUGGACAAUGUGGACAAAGACACGCUGGUGGACCUGCAACAUAUAGGCACGAUCUGGAAGCUCUGUGCCGAGAUAUAUGCAAGUCGAAUUUUUGCCAAUGUCACCAGAGACUCGGCUAUGCCGAUGCCUUCUGUCGAUGACCUCGUUGCGGAAUACCCGUUUCCCGAGCUUGAAGAUGUCGACCUGAUAAAGUGUGUGACGUGGCCGACCUUCAUCGCUGGCGCGGCCUGCUCCAAGCCUGAGCAUAGAGAGUGGGCGCUCAGGGCAUUCGAAAGGAUCUGGCAAGUUUCGCUGUCUGCGAACGCCAAGAGUGCGGCUUUGGUUCUCAUGAACUUGUGGAAGAAACAAGAUAUGAGAAAUGCACAGCUCUCCAACGAGUUACUGGUUCGUAUGGAAAUUCAACAGGGAGAGGAAAGAGACUGGCUAAGCGAGCUUUCAUCACUGGAGGAUGCAUGGCUAUUCCUCUAA